AUUAAAUACUUUAACUCACUUGUCAAAGCAGAUUGCAAUUCAAAGUCAUGGAUGCAUGACUGAAGUUUGGAAUAUAUUUUGUCCACGUUCAUUUUAGCCUUCGAGAUGAAGCGGAGUGGUCUUCCGAGUAAAAAAAUGUUAUUAUUCGCGUUUGUCGAGUUGAUUAUUUUUAUCGAUAAAGGUUUAUCAUUCGAUUCCUCUCUGUACGAGUAUUCUAUCAAUUCAUGGAGCGGAAGCACCUGGGAUGAAGCGGAAAAAAAAUGUACGGAGAAAGGCAUGCAUUUAGCCACAGUGUCGAAUCAAGCUGAACUAAACCACAUUCAUAGUUUAAUACGUGAUUGGUAUAAAGAAAACGCACACUGGAUCGGACUGAACGAUAAACAGAAAGAAGGCGACUGGAGAUGGGAAGAUGGAUCUUCUUCGAAUUUCACAAAGUGGAGAAGUGGUGAACCAAACGGACAGACUAGAGAAAAUUGUGUUGCAAUUGUCAAUAAAGAGUUUCUCGAUAUGCCAUGUUCUGCUUCAUAUGUGCACUCCGUGUGCAAGAAAACAUUGCCUUGUGGGUUAUGCAAAGAAAAUGGCGGAGGUUGUAAUGCUAACAAAACAUGCGAAUGUCCAUCAAGCAAGAGUGGACGUUACUGCGAGAAAGACAAGAACGAAUGUGCUUACAACAACGGGGGCUGUGAACAUCAUUGUUUAAAUAACAAAGGAAGUUACUCAUGCAGUUGUAAACCGGGUUAUAAAUUGGAUGCAAAUGCCAGAUCAUGCACCGACGUUGACGAAUGUGCUGGAAGUCAUGGCUGUGAAUCACACUGCGUUAACACGAUUGGGAGCUAUCAGUGCAGCUGCAACGAGAAUGAAAUACUUUGGGAAGAUGGAAAAACAUGCCACACAUCUUUUGACUCUUCUUGGUACGAAUAUUCUAUCAAUUCAAGGAGCGGAAGCACCUGGGAUGAAGCAGAAAAAAAAUGUACGGAGAAAGGCAUGCAUUUAGCCACAGUGUCGAAUCAAGCUGAACUAAACCACAUUCAUAGUUUAAUACGUGAUUGGUAUAAAGAAAACGCACACUGGAUCGGACUGAACGAUAAACAGAGAGAAGGCGACUGGAGAUGGGAAGAUGGAUCUUCUUCGAAUUUCACAAAGUGGAGAAGUGGUGAACCAAACGGACAGACUAGAGAAAAUUGUGUUGCAAUUGUCAAUAAAGAGUUUCUCGAUAUGCCAUGUUCUGCUUCAUAUGUGCACUCCGUGUGCAAGAAAACGAUAGCACCGUGCGGAUUGUGCGUUAAAAAUGGUGGGAGUUGUGCUGGGCGCAGAUGCAUAUGUCCAGCGGGAAUGACGGGCAAAUCUUGUGAAAAAGAUAAAAACGAAUGCACUAACGAGAACGGAGGUUGUGAACAAGACUGCUUCAACACAUUUGGAAGUUAUUCAUGUGGCUGCAGAGUCGGUUAUAAAUUGGAUGUGGACGCAAAGUCGUGCAACGAUGUGGAUGAAUGUGCUGGAAGUAAUGGCUGUAAGUCACGCUGUGUAAACACUGCUGGAAGUUACUUCUGCGCAUGCGAAGAAGGCGAAACACUUGGAAGAGACGGAAGAACAUGUCAUGAUGCUAACCAGAUAUGUGAAAUGGAAGAUCGUGGUUGUGAAUUCAAAUGCAACAACGACGGGAAGGGUUCAUACUUUUGCUCGUGCGACAAAGGAUUUGGUUUGACUUCAGAUCAUAAGACAUGCAAAGAGGUAUAUGAUCCUGAUCGAUUUGUGUACAGUUCGAUUACAAUACACUGGGUGAAAGGAUGGUCGAAUGCCAGAAAACAGUGUUUCAGUAGAGGAGGUGAUUUGAUCAGCAUUACAAGUUCUGAAGAACAAGAAUAUUUAAACAAUGUUGUCCUGAACAAGUUGUUAACAGAUUAUGCAGUUUGGAUUGGCUUAAAUGACAGACAUAGAAAUGGAGAUUGGGUGUGGUCAGAUGGUUCCGUUGUUAAUUACACAAACUGGGUAUCAAGUAGAAAGGACGCUGAUAGUGGCAAACAUUGUGGUGUUCAGGUAAACGAAGCAUGGCGACCAAUGUUAUGCGGCUCAGACAAAGUGUACAGUUACGUUUGCAAAAGAAAAAACCACUGUUACAAGCAUUGCAAAAAUAAUGCGAAGUGUCAACAGUCCAAUACAGAAGCCGUAUGUAUAUGUACAAAUGGUUACACAGGACCAACCUGCAAUGAAGAUUUAAACGAAUGCGAGUUAAUCGAGGGAUUGUGCCAGUACAGGUGUGUAAAUACUAAGGGAUCAUACAAGUGUGUGUGUCCAAAUAGUGCAGUGCUGGGACAAGAUGGCCGUGCUUGCAAAGACAAAAAUGAUGUUUGUGGAGUAACCAUCCAUGGGUGUGGACAGUUGUGUGAAAAUGAUGGGAAAGGAGGAUUUACUUGUAGCUGUAGGAAUGGAUAUUUGCUGGACUUCGACAACAAAACUUGUACAGAUAUCAAUGAAUGCGAAGUAAAUAAUGGCGGAUGUGGAGAAGCACAGUGCGUUAACAGUCCUGGACAUCAUUUCUGUCAAUGCAAGGUGGAUUACGACUACAUCAAUGGUCACCCAACUUGUGCAGAAUACUCCCCAAACAAUCAAAGGUAUUAUGUCUCAUCUAAAGUAGCAACAUUUCAGAAAGCCCGCUCUCUUUGUACCAGCCUUGGUGGCUAUAUCACCACAAUUUCUGGCGAAGGGGAAUUACAACACAUAACCAAAAGACUGGAUAAAUCUAAAAUUUACUGGAUUGGAUUGAAAUAUUUAAACGAGAAACGAAUGUGGGAGCAUGGCAGUUUUAAUUUCUCUCUCGUCAAUUUCACUGGUAUAUCGGGAGAGAAAUGCGUAGGGUUGAUUAGGGAACCUGAAUUUCCCAUUGCAAGAUGGAAGAUAGAAAAUUGCGCAACAAAAUUCAAUUUUGUCUGUAAAUUACCACGUGAGCAACCAGUCGUACCGCAGCAUUACAAGUAUCAAAAGAUCGGUAACAAAUUUAAUUGGUUCGAUGCUAACAAAGCAUGCAUAAGUGCUGGUGGGAGUCUCGUUACCAUCCGUAACAUGAUCGAGCAAACACAUAUCGAGUCACUGAUUGACGAUAAUGAUAACUACUGGAUUGGUUUGUCCAAUACUACUCCAAAGAAGUCACUAGCUUGGAUUGAUGGGCAUCUCUCAAUUAGAUACAAGAAUUACCUACAUCAAGAUUUAGACUUUUCAAAGACACAAUGUGCAGCGAUUUCUAAAUUAAAUCAGUGGAAAUGGGAAUUUACGUCCUGUGAUGAAGAAAAAAAACCUUUGUGCAGGAUUCCAUACUUUCAAUUUUCAUCCUCAAAAUAUUUUCUUUCUGACAUACCAAUGGAUCAGCUUCACUCACGAUAUUAUUGUUCUUCCCUGGGUGGAUCACUAACUUCUGUGACAAACUCAGUUGAGCAAAUAUUCUUAAAUACAAAACUAACUGUUGGUCGCUCAUACUGGAAUGGACUGCAGAAAACAGACGGACACCAGAGUUGGCAAUGGAGUGAUAAUUCCCAAUUUAAUUAUCAGUACUGGUUGGGGGAUUCCCACAACGACAGAUGUGUAAUAAUGACAACUGAAUCACAAGGGAAAUGGCAGGAUACGAGCUGUGAUGACUUUCACUACGCAAUUUGUAAAGUAAAGUACCAUAUGAUUGAUGGCUACAAAUACAUUAUUCCAAAUAAUUUUGUGGACUGGAAAACGGCGGAGAGACGUUGUGCAUAUCUUCAGGGACACUUGGCUAGCAUACCUACUAGCGACGUUCAAAAAAGAUUGGAACAAAUUAUAAGUAAUGACAGAUACUGGUUGGGUUAUCAUCGCAACUCAAGAGUAUGGACGUGGUCUGAUCAAUCCUUCUCUCAAUAUCGUCACAGUACACCGGGUACAGGGGAUUGCAUGUCAAUGAGCACAAGCACAAGUGGGUGGUGGAAGCCAACUGAUUGCACUGAGAAGAUGAAUUACAUCUGUAAAGUGAAAGAUUAUCCUUUCAACAAUUUUCAUUAUAAAGUUGUUGACACACCACGUACAUGGGACAACGCACGUCAGUCAUGCUGGGAAGAGAAUGGCGAGUUGGUUAGCAUAGCGAGUCAAUACGAGGAAAAGCUAAUUCGGGAUAUGACAGAUAAAAAUCAAUAUUGGAUUGGCCUGAACGAUCACGUCCAGACUGACAAGUUUGUUUGGACUGAUGGUGAACCCGUCACUUACUGGAACUUGCCUGCGACUAAAAGAGGACUCGGCGAACACUGUGUCCAAAUCACGAAAAACGUGGAUAGUUUACAAAAUGUGAAAUCAGAUUGGACGACAGCGCCAUGCCAUUUUCUAAAGAAAUACGUCUGUAAAAUACCACGAUAUCAAACACGUCGCUUCUUCUACCAACUUUCUGAUCGCGCCGUGAGCAAAGAACGGGCAGUGGACUUGUGUGAUGUUUACAAUGGGAAAUUACUGAGCAUGCGCAAAAGCUAUGACAAAGACUGCUUGAACAUUGGACGCGAUGAAGAUAAAGGAGAAUGGGUCGAGCGAGCAUGUCAAUCGAAUAUGCAGUUUGCGUGUCGUAGGAGCAAGUUCAGCGCGGAUAAUAGCUCUUAUGUCAUUCCUGAUAUGAAGUUAAGCUGGCCUGAAGCGAGGACUUAUUGUUUACGAUUUGGUGGGACGUUAAGCGAUGUAUUAUAUAAAGAAGAAGCCGUUCAUGUCGCUAAUCAAAUCAAACCUGACACUUCGUACUGGAUUGGUUUGCAUGACAUUAUUACUGAGAAUCACUACACCUGGACUUCUGGUGCACAUUUUGUUUAUUCACGCCUCGGUAAAGAUGACAACAAUGCGAGAACUAAAAAUUGUUUCUACGUCAUAAAGCCAAGUAAACAUGAGAGCGUCUGGUACAGUUCCAAAUGCACAGAGAAAAAGAAGUUUAUCUGUAAAACUCCUGUUUCGUUCGCCCAACAAAAUUACCACUAUAUUAUAUCAACCUCCUCAAAAUCCGCUGAAUUGGCCAGAAAAGAUUGUAUACGUCGUGGAGCAGACUUAACAUCCGUUUUCAACAAGCUAGAGAACAAGCAUAUCGCUUCCUUGCUUUCUCCAGAUAAGGAGUAUUGGAUAGGGUUGACCGACCUAACUGAAGAAGGCAGAUACGCAUGGUACGAUGGAACAUUAACAAAGUACAGGAAUUGGGCAGCAAACGAACCAGUUGGCCGUUCUUCAUCUAAUUGUGUUACGAUUCAAGGAAGUGGUCAGUGGAAGAACAUUCCUUGCAAUUAUCAACGGAGAUAUAUUUGCCGUGCACCAAGCUUUAUAUCGGACUUCAGAUUAGAAGGGGGUGAAUUUAAAGCAAGGCGUUACCAUGCAUGGGUAAAUGGCGGCACAUGGAGUGGUACAAACGAUCUUAAUACUUACCAGGGUGGAAAAACAGCUUGUGAGAGCAAUGGAGGAUUCUUAGCUAGUGUGCGGGAUCAGGAUGAACUGGAUUGGUUUAAAUCCCACAUCUGGGUGAUGAACUCCUACAAUUUCUAUCUCGGAAAAAAUCCAACUUCACGAAGCACUUGGGAUGAUGGUUUUUUGAUGCAGUAUUUCAAGUGGUCAUCUGGACAACCUGACCAAUCGAACGGGAGAUUGUGUUUAACAAUUAGCCGAAAAUAUGACAUGAAAUACACCACCUGUUCUGUGCACCAAGGAUAUCUCUGCAAAAAAGCUAACUUGUGUUUUUUGAAGCCUUGUAAGAAUCUUGGCACUUGUACGUACAAGAAUGGCGGGAGAGAAUUUCAAUGCACAUGUAAGCCAGGUUUCAGUGGAACGUUUUGCGAAUAUGGAUCAACAGCGCUGAACAAUUUCAAGGCGAAAUUCCAAGAACUAUUUAAACACGUGGUGGAUAAAAACACUGACAGCAUUUCACAACACGUGGAUAUAUUACGCGAUGCUGGUACCGAUGAUGAGUGCGAAAGUCAGUCAUACUCCGAACUGUUCUGCAAAAUUAAACAAGCAAAAGACAUAAUUUCAAAUCACUUAUCUUUACUUAUCAAUGCAGCUAAAAACGAUUGGUCGACAGAGAAGGCAAUGCAAAGGCGCAGUACUCUAAUUGUUUGGUUUGUUGCUCAUCAAGUUAAUGUCGGUAACGCCAACUUACAGGAUAUAACGAAAGAUGUACUUGGUCUCGUAUACAAAUAUGUAACUCAAAACGACAUAAUCAAUUUAGGUAAACUAGCAAACUUGCUUCCAGGAACACAGAUCGAAUUGAUUAAAGCACCGAUAUCCAUCACGACUGCUUCGCCUUUUGACGGUGAUAUCAAUGCUGUUUUUAAAAACGCUUUUGCCAGCGUAACCGAUUUUCUAGCUGUGUUGCAAAGAGGUGAUUCUAAAAAUAAAGUAAUUAUCUCACAGUACAAUUUAAAAGAAAAGUUAAAAUUGGCAAAGCUCGACGCGAUCAAUGGUCAAGUGAAAGUAAGCGCACUGCAGAUUAAGCGAGAGCUUUCGAAGUUCAAGAACGAUCUGAAGGAUUUUAUAUACAACAAUAAUGCUGCUCGAUUCGCAGCGGUUGGACGUUACUUUAACGAAUUAGCAGACUUCGACAGAGAAAAGAAUUCCGCCGACAUCGGCUUCAUCAGAAAUCGGCUGAAUAAUUUUAAAAGCGAUAUGCGUACAACGUCAUCUGAGAUCAAUCGGCGUUUAGUUGCCAUGGUAAAAGGAGCGUUAGCUGCUACGGGUUUGGAAUUAAUUGAAAAAACAGCAUUAUUAAUUGCAGAAAUGAUUGCAGCCGCCAAUCCUUUUAAAUUGGAUAAAGUUAACGACAACGUGGAUGCUGCUAAUAAAGUGGCGCAAGCAGUGACGAACGUCAUUCGCGCUGAUAAGGUACGUCGAGCUCUCUCCAAUGUUGCCAAGAGAGCAUCAUGGAUAAAUUCGAGAUACGCAACUAACAACCUUAACAUUGUGAAAGUAGAACGUUUAGUUGCUCAUCUGGAUAAGCAUUUCGAAAUAGCAUCUGUCACUACUGAAACGGAAAAAACCCUAACAGUCUCUGUGGAAAACUUUCUGAAGCUCUACGAAGGUUAUUCCCCUGCCAUUCGCCGGGAUGAAAUCGAAUCGUUUGGUGUAGAUCUUGAGACUCUCGUAGAGGAAUGUUGUGAUGUGAUGUUUGCAGGUGAAGGUAUUCUGUCUGCCAUUCCAGAGAUUGUUUUUGCAACUCGCGCAGAUUGCUUGAAAACACAAGCGUAUGUCAGCAGACUCAUCUCCCUGAAUACUGAACUUUAUGAUUAUCAGUUCGAUUUAUUGGAAUCGCUUUCUCAAGCAGUUCGUUCAUACAUCGCAUCUUUACAUUCAAAGAAACUGAGUCAAAAAUUCGAGAAAGCUAAAGCGAGAAAGCCAUUCAGCGCUAUCGAAGAUGCAAGCUUUAAGGAAAUGGCUGUAGGACUUGUCUUAACAUCUCGAUUGUAUUUUCUGCAAAUCAUUUUCCAAUUCUGCGAUUACCGUGAAUAUUUAAAUGCUGGGAUACGACCCGAGGAAUGUUCUAGGGUCGUGGAAAACUUGUCAGAUAAUGAGAUAAACACUCUUAUUUCUCUUGAACCAAAAACGUGUGAACGACAACGCAAAGUUAGUGCCAUUAUUCCAACCUCUGCGACACCUCUAUACUCAUUCUCACAUAUCCCUCUGGAUGAUCUGUACGAAGGAAAGAAAAUAAAGUUUCAAAUACCCAACGUUGAUUGGUUAAUCCGUUACGGCUGGGUGUUUCCACACGAUGCCGAAAAAAAGGCUUAUUAUUUACGUGAGUUUAAAUUAAUGCUGCCUGACAUUACAUCGCAAAGGAGGGACAUUAAAAUCACUACACAAUGGUCGGAGCCCGUCCAGUUGUUUCCUAAAAACGACGGAACUAGCUACCUUAUUCCACCCGGCAGCCUUCGGUUCGAAUAUCAAGAAAAUACAAAUUGCGAUUUCAACGAGCAGUUUUACAACCCGUAUGAUUUGUGUGGCGACCCCAGUUUACAGCUUUGUCAGAUCAGCCAUCCAAAUAAGCUGAUUGUUUAUCCUUCAGUUUUUUCGCCUUUUAUAAUUUCUGCUGGCAUAUUUGGAAAACACAUCAAAAAACCGAAAUUUGCUUCAAAGUUUAAUUUAAAAGUUGACAUAACGUUGUGUGAAAUAUCACGCGAUAUUGGUGAUGCCACAAGUGGCAUGCAACGAAUGUUCGUGGCGCCACCACAAUGUUGUGUGAAAACGCGUUGUAAUGAAACGAUUCCGAACCGAUACUGGAACGAAGAUUUGGUUCAUCCUGCGUGCAGUUCAUGUCCAGAAGGAUACCAUGCCUCUAAAACUGGCUUUGUUUGUUUUGUAUAAUACCAAAUUUUUGUACACUUAUUUUAUUAAAAAUUCUUCUUACUGUUAAAA